AUGAAUAGUGUGACGGCACGAUCCUUAUACAGGCCGCUGGAGUGGGAGGUGGCACCUGAUAUGUUACCUGUUUGUUCUGUUUGUAUUCAAGAUAAUGAUAUCGCCGAGCUUUUAGAAUCGCUUCAUUACUCGUUACCCUAUUCUUUUCUCAUCCUCAAUCCUCUUGAAUUCCCUGAUCCCAUUGGUGAACCCCUUGAACCCCCAGUCGCCGAGGCGUGCGACACGAACCGACGCCUGUCCCUAAACACAGGUAAAACCAACCAACCUGAGGAGCUCUCACCAGAGGACUUACUGAAACGCUGUCGUGAGACACCAAAGAAACUGUACGACGACAUCCUUGAAUGCUUCUACGCCUUGAUGGCAAAGGAGAGCAGCUAUCUUAAAGAAACUGCUUCCCUUAAGAAGUCCCAGAACCCCCAGAACCCCCAGAACCCCACUGGCUCUGCAGCCCGCAUCCCGGAGAUAGAGAAAGAACUUACCAAUACGAUCGGUCAGCUGACCGUUAAGAACUACCAGAUCGCCCAACUUGGUGAAGAACAAGACUCAUAUCGCAACGCUUUCACCGCCCAACAGCUUAACCGCCGUGAAUCUGGAACCAACUCUCGCCAGGGAUCCUUGCAGCCAGAAAGCAAAGGCAAAUCUGAGAAAGUUCCUGAUCCUCCUGUCCUGACUUACGGCAAGAACCCUAAGUUCGAAGACUGGUUGGCGGAGAUAGUAACGAAUUUGAAGCCGACGCGGACCGGUAUGACAUUGAAAUUGUAA